AUGAGUCGACGGCCUGUAGCCAGAAGAAUGUACUCCCGUUUCCGCUCGGCUAAGUUUAUUUUCUUUAUGUCUUUAUGUAAUGCAUUGGUGAUGCUCAUGAACAUCGUGUAUAUGUAUAACAGAGGGGAGGUAAUCCAAACCAAACAGGAAAUAAUUCGUGAAGUUAUAAGAACAGUGCCAUGUGAAGAAGAUACAGAAAAGGAACACAAAGCAAAAGUGCGCGUGAAAUAUUUUGGAGAAGAAAAACAACGACACGAAGAAGAGGAAACAGAACGCGAACUCCCACUUUGUACGAAUAAAACGGAACAAGACGUCGAAUGUGAAAUAUCCUUCUCUGAGUUUAAUUAUCCAUUGGAGAUAAAUAUGACUAAAUUAGUGUCUGACUACAAACGUCAGGGAUAUGUAAAUGAGGUAAUCAUCAACAAAUACACUCAUAUCGAGACAAUCGUUCCAGCCAAAUCUUGCAUGUACGGAGACAAGAAGGAGUCACAAAAAAACGUGUUUAUGAUAUAUCUAAUCAAGAGCACACCUACCAACUACGCUAGGCGCAAUGCUAUCCGAAAGUCUUGGGCCGACGAAAACAAGUUUCCGAAUAUCCGGCUAGUGUUUCUAAUGGGAAUUCCGGAAAGGUCAGCUCUAAAUGAUAUGGUUUUAGCUGAGAGUAAAGAGUUCAGUGACAUUCUGCAGUUAGAUUUUAUAGACACGUAUUACAAUUUAACAUUAAAAGCUAUCGGUGGAAUAAGAUGGACGGCGAAGAAUUGCCCUGGAGCCAAAUUUGCAGUGAUGGGGGACGAUGACUAUUACGUGGCAACGGAUUUCAUGUUAUCUUUACUGGAACAUAUUCAUAGUUUUCAACCCGCAGGGGUAUACAUGGGUGGACUGAUACAUAGUGCUAAACCUCAGCGAGAUCGGUCUGCCAAGUGGUAUAUCUCUCCCGCGGAUUAUCCUUUUAACAAGUAUCCUCCAGUUAUCCGAGGAGGAACUCUCGUUAUGUCGAUGGACUUUGUUAUUGACAUGAACAUCGUGAUACCUUACACAAAACCCAUUCGAUUCGACGACGUGUAUUUCGGCAUUGUAGCCUAUAAACUCGGGAUAAAGCCUAUGACCGAAGACAGGUUUGCCAUCCGGAAAGUGAGGUAUUCUGAUGAUGAGUUCCGAACGGUUCUUAGUUCCCACGGUUACAAGCGUCCGUUUGAACUCAAACAUGCGUGGCGAUGUCACGAAAUAAUGCAGGAAUUGGCGCGAGAAAACUCGACUAAGAAAACAUGUUGGUGA